ACGGAAAAAUAAACAUCUCUGUUUUCAGGUAAUCUAUUUGAUCCAUUAGGAAAGUUAAUAGGAUAAUAUGUGUUGGCGCUUUACUAACAAGGAUUAACAAAAAAACUAUUCGGAUUUAUUACACACAUUAAGGUGAUAAUAUUACAUAUUGAAAUUCGGCCAAAGUUGGGUUUUAAACUCUAUGAAUGAAGAAGAAUAAACAACUGCUCGUUCAUGUAACAUUUUAACAUGCAAUCGAUCGUGAACAUGUUCAAAUGUAUAUAUUCAUAUAACGGUCCACGGGUCAAACCGAAACACGGAUUAAAAUUUCAGAUCAUUGACGACCCGAAACAGAUAUAAUUAUAGCUAAUAGACAAGAAGAUCUCCGCCUUUACAACUAGGGAAAUAUUUCAUUACAAAAGGAAGAUAUUUAAUGAAGGGAUGUGACGAAUGAGUGAUUAAGUAUAAAUAGACGUGUAUUGCCUGUGUUGUUUAUUGACAAUUCUCAGGUGAAUUGCAUAUUUUAUAUAAUCAGAAAAUGCAGACAUGUGCAGUAAGCAACAGGUAAAUGCAUGUUUCUGGUGUUAGGUGAAAACGUGAAGAAUAUAUCACCCCAUUCUAUUAUCGAAAAGUGAAAUUUACUUAGACCGAAUGGAUUAAAUCAAGUUAAAAAGUCACAACGAUGGGUGGAAAGUUAAGUUGUGCUAGUAGACGGUAUGCAGAGAGGGAUUCAGAUUUUCAACCUUAUUCUAAAGGACCCAUUCCAAAGCAAAAUGUUGAAGAGUCUGAAGGCGAAAACGCACAGCCUUGGAGGUUUUGGAGGAGAUUUUCGUUACGGAGAGGAGAUAAAGGGAAGAGGGAUCUUCUUCACAGAGAAGACGAUGAGAAAUACGAUGCUAGUCACCAACUAUUUCCGGAUGAACAUUGUAAAAGGACUAACAGCUUGAAACCACCACCUAAACCACCAAGACUAUUUCUCUUUAGAUCUUCGUCCAUAAGUACUCCACGUUCAUCAUUUGUUGGACCUCCGGAUCGAAACUCUUUCGUCAUGUCUCAAGCAUAUCAAAGCUCGCGAGCACGCGACAGCAACGUACCAACUGCGCAUGUCGUUCCUGUUCAGAAGGAGAAUGGCACCAUUUCAAAACAGUUAGUGAAUAAUAAUAACAUUCAAAACGAAAUACAAAAUCCAGAUGACGAGAAAACAUUGUCUAAUGAGUUUGACACAAUAAUGCUAGGGUCACCAUAUUCUUCUUCUAAAAUUAAAAUAGUUACACCGGACUUAAAUCCACGGCGAACAAUUGGCAGAUCACGAAAAAUGUCCGUAGAUGUGUCUUCAUCUGAUAGUCAUCGAUUGGUCAUUCAAAAUGCCUCUGAACUACUUUGUCAAACGUUGGAUCCAACAAUCUUAUUGGACGAAUUAUCAGAAAAACAGGUUGUAUCUGCAAUUGACUAUCAGGCUUUUAAAGGCCAUCCUGAUAGACGAUUAGUUUGUGAAAGUUUAAUGCAGUCAUUAAUGGAAGGCACAUUAAGUCAGUUCACUAGUUUCUGUGGUGUUCUCAAAUCAAAACUAACCUAUGAGGAUAUCGCUGUGAUUCUUGACGUUAUGAAAGAAACAUAUGACAUUAUUUUUAACAUUCCAGUCACUGGCGUUUGUUCAGCGGGUAUACCCGACGAGGACAUGUCAAUAACGUUCGAGAUAGGAUAUUUCAAUAACCAACUUGGAAAGUUGAAACCAUUAGUGCAAUUGGAAAAGGCUCGUGACUAUAAGCGUUAUUCUCGCGAUUCUAUGCUUCUUAAAAGAUCUUCCCGAAUUUCGUACAUGUCAUCGUCCAGUGAUACCACUUUGAUUGAUGAAGUGGCAGGACUUGACUUGAGCGUGCCGAUGAUAAACAUUAGUAUUUCCGGUUACUCACUGCGUGGCUCCCGAGCUAAAGCCGUGGCAACACUGAUAGAAAAAUAUGAUUGCAUUUUAGAACUUCAUGUGGGAAAAACACAAAUGCAAGGAGCUGAUAUAGGCACACUUGCAGUUGGUUUGCCAAAAUCGAAUAUUUCUGUUUUAGAUUUACGUUUAAAUUCUGUCGGCAAUGACGGGGCCAAAUUACUUUCUUGUUUCCUACAAAAAAAUACAAGCAUAAAAAACCUGAAUUUAUCCUCCACAGGAGUAGACAGUGAUGGAUUUAAAAACAUUUGUGAAGCAUUGAAACACAGUACAUGUAUUAAUGAAUUAGACUUCAGUUUUCUCGAAGUUGCUGACAGUGGUUGUAUUGCUAUUGGCAAUAUGCUUAAACAAAACAGGUCACUGACAAAACUGCGUCUAAGAAGUGCAAAUAUUUCAUGGAUUGGUUGUGGGAUAUUAUUCGAAGGCGUUCAACAAAGUAAAACAUUAAUAGAACUUGACAUGAGUCGAAAUUUCAUUGGCGACGACGGCAUAGAAAUGAUGUGCCGCCAUUUGAAUGACAAGACAAGUUUAUUGGAAUUGAAUUUAGAAAACUGUGGAAUAACAGCUUCCGGUUGCUCUUUAUUAGCAGACGUCAUUCAAAGCUAUAAGACUAUAAAGAAUUUGGAUCUAAGCUCGAACUUCAUUGCUGACUCUGGCAUUUCCAAACUUGCUGCUUCAUUAGAACGCAACAAGUCCAUCAAAACAUUAGGACUAAAUAUGUGUGGUAUUACUAAUGAUGGGUUUUCGAAACUUUUAGAUGUUCUGGAAUGUAAUCCUACAAUAACUUUGAUGAAACUGUGUUACAAUCGACUAGGUCGUGAAUUCACUAAUCCAGCCGCUGCAUCUGAUGACCUUAGAUACCGCGUGCGAAUUGUGACGUCUUCAAAUCCAAAACUUAAACUUUUAUUAUGGGGAAACGCUUUUGACGAUGCAUAAUGAUGUUGUCGGAAAUCAUCAUUACUAUUAUACUAGUCCGGUGAAAAUAUAAACACUAUCUUACGAUGUUCAUUUAAUAAUUUUAAGUAUAUUUAUUUAAAUUAUAUAAAUCGUUUUAAAUUUG